GACAUCUGCAACCUGGGCGCCGUCAGCUCCGAGUGGAGCACCUUCGCCUCCUCCGAGGCUGUUUGGCUCGUCUUGAGCCGCACGGUUCACUUGCGCCCUCUGCCAGCGGCUUUAGCAGGAGACAGCGAAGAAGGCUGGGCCAAAGAGCCUCAAGCCCUGAAGAGCCAACUGCUGCAAGAGUACAUUCCCACCUUCGCCGUCCGCCAGCGCAUCCGCCAGCUUUGCCGCCGUUUGAAAGGUUUCUGGCUCCUCUACGCUCCGCAGGUCGCCUCGUGCCUGCGCCCGGGGGCCUCGGAGGCGGCGCUGAGGCAUGCGGAGAAUGAGGUCAAUGGAGAGCUACCGGAGGAUCUCGCAGAGUUCUUCCGCUUGUGCGACGGUUUCGACAAGGAGGCCUUCUACUUUGCGGAGGCCGCCCCCGGCGGAGUAUUGGCCUUCCGCGUCACCCGGCUUCUGCCACUCUCGGAGCUGGUGCGGGAGAAGGCCGCUGCCGGCUGGCUGCCCGUGGCACUCUGCCGCGAGGGUGGGAUGACCUGCUGUCGGAUAAAUCCGGAGCCGCGGGAGGGCGAAGACGCCGUGGGCUUCUUCGGGGAGCUCUGGUGUUCCAGCGGAAGCGGACGGGCUGAGCGCGGCAUCUUCGGUGAGUGGACGCUGACAAGACAGACGUCCUGCUUCCUGGAUUACCUCCAGGACUACGUAAGCCUCCUGGAGGGACUACCCUCACAGUGGGCGGAGCAGUCGCUGCUGACAACCGGCAGUCUCGGAGGGGCCCUUGUUCAACUUUUCAGCGCGCCGAGGAUCUACUGCGACGAGCAAGGCAGCUGGAUGACCACAGGCCUUGGCAAGGGCAAGGGAAACCUCUGGCAGAGACUGAACCGCUCCCAGCCGGUUCGGGUCAUAUUCCCUCCUGGUCUCGGGAAGACUGGAAAGCGCCGUGCUUCCUUCGCACAGUCCUGGCUUUUGGGGAAGUGA